AUGGACGAAGCAAAGGAGACUGUGGUUGAUCCUCCAGCUGUAUCUAACGCACAGGGAAUGGUGGAAUCAUCGACGUCACCUCCUUCACCUGAGUUGACGCUGAGACUGGACGAUUUAUCGCUGGACAGAGCGCUAGACGAUCAAGUUGGAACCAACGAUGGUGAAGAAGAACAGAAAAGUAAAGACGAAGAAGAGUCUCCGCUACAGCGACAAGUACGAGCUCGACAAACACAGAUAGAUCGUGAUGCAAAGCGCAUGGAAGCUCGACUGCAGCGUAACUUGAAGCAGCAGCAAGCACACUACGCCCGACAGCGGAAACUAUUCGAGAAUUUGCGCGCGGAGUCAUCUCCAUCGUCAAUGGACAGUAAUUCGCCCCAGUCAAGUGAUGAUCCGUUCGUCAGACAACGUGUCAGCUCUCCCAGACAGCUAAUCAACACUGCUAACACAAAAUUUCGCUUACAGAAGGAGGAACUCGUGAGAAUUGGCCCAUUGUCACGGCAGAGAACUCGCUGUACACACGAAGGCCAUCGACAUCGCCACUCUCCACUCCCUAGUGACGACACUAACGAUGAAGACGAUGAUUCUCAUGCUCAAAACAUGCUCCGUCGCAUCAAGGAGAAAGCACGAGUCGAAUUCCACCUCAAUCGGUUAUCUAAUGGUGACAGUUCGACACCUGAGGGUACUGGAGUCCACUCCAAGGCCCCGACAGCCUUUCUGGAGGAAAUGCAGCAACAAGAAGCAUCGAACGACGCAUUACGCCGUCAAUUGGAACUUUUGCGUCGCUUACAAUUGGAGAAUAAUCGCUUUCGACAAGAAGCUCGGUCACUGCGAGAGCGGAACGAGGCGCUAAAAGAGCGUGACGAGAUCCGAGAGCGUGAAGCGAAGCGAUUACGAGAUGAAGUAAGCGAGUUGGACGCUAGAGCUCAGCGUGAUCAAGCGAGUCUAGCGACGGCAGCACAGACGACACACAAGCUGAAGAUGACGCAGAAGAAGUUCACAGCAGCCCAAGCGGAGAUCCGCGAUCUCCAGGCCGCUGUACAAGAAGCACGUGAAGCACGAGACCAGUUGCAAUCCGAAUCACAGCUGGAGAUCUCAGAUUUAGUACUGGAAGUGAAGCGCUGGAAGCGCAACACGAAGCAGCUUCGUCAACAGGAACAGCGCAGUGGAGAAGAAAUCGAGUUCUACAAGAAAACUAUUGCAGCGUUAGAAGCAGAAGUUGCUGACCGGCGUAGUAAACUCAAAGAUGCAAAGCGUGAGAUCGCCCAACUAACUGCGACGAUAGAGGAGAAGACUACACAGUGCGAGUCAGUCGAAACGUCCGCUGCGGAUUGUGUAAAGCGCAUGGAGGAAGGCAUGGAGGCGCUACAGAAGACUCAUACACACGAGCGUGAGAAGCGCAAGAAAGUCGAGUCUGUGCGCAGCAAUCUGCAAAUGCAAUUGGAGCGCAUGCGAGCGGAAAACGCUCUGCUACUGGACAAGAAGCGGGAGUUGGAGCAACAAUUAGCUCUCUUCCAGGACCAUUGGAAGGAGCGCAAGCAAGGCUAUCAGGACCAACUGCAGAGGUUUGCUGCUCAGCUGGAGGAACACGUCUCCAAGCACAAAAGCGACGCUGCUACGAUAGGCAGUCUACGUGAGGAGUACGAAGCUCUUGAGAGUCGCCUAGGAGAAGCUCAAGCAGUAGCCAAGGAGCUAAAGUCAGAGAUUGCUGAAGAAGCACACAUAGCUCAGAAGCAAGCCGAAGCACUGCGUAAAUACGUUGAAAGAGCUCUUCACGGCACGAGUGAAGCCGAUGACGCGUCAUUGGAAGCUCAAGUGGAUACAGGGCGAUCAUGUGAAGUGCCAGAUCUUCAGGUGGUUCAAGCUGCGAUAUCAGCCCUACGAAACGAGACUAUGAACAUUGUGCACGAGUUCCAACGAGCUCGACAUCUUGUUCGACAGCAAGGCAGCAAACUGACGCUAGCCGUCGAGCAUGUAACUGAGUUGGAGCAUUUGCGAGCGGAAGAUGCGGCAAAGAUGAAGGAAUUGCGGGAGCAGUGUAAACUGGCGGAACAGGCACGUGAUAUCGUUAGUAAGGAGAAGAUGGAGGUGCUCAAGUGGAGCGAGCAGAACUGCGAGAGAAUUGAGAGUUUGGAAGCAGAGCUGAAAAAAUGUGGGCAGCUUGUUCUUCGAGCACGGAAGGAGAUACAUGACGCUCUUGACGCGGACGAGUCUUGGGAUAAACCGGAGGCUGUCAGUGGUGAGCCACUUACGCGGGCAUUUGCUGCGCUUCAAAAGGAUGCUGGUGUUCUUGUGGCCAUGAGAGAUAACUGGCGAACAGAGAGUGAAAAACUAUCUCAUGACGUAAAGGAAGCGCAGUCGCAAGUUCAGUCACUGGAGAAGGAGAUAGCAGCUAAAGCUGAUGAGUUCAAAGAGACACUGGAGGAGGUUGAGCGUGUCCAUAGCAAGAACGCUGAGGAGCAAAAACUCCACUUUGAGCAGUGCAUUGCUGAUGUAGAUAGUGAACGAAAAGCGCUGGAGACGAAGCUGCAGGAGGAAUCCGUUAAGAGUACUCAGCAAGAAGAGAACAACGCGAAACUGCAGCAGCUAGUGGACGGGUUUGAAGAGGAUCUUCCUGUCUUCGCUACGAUCCUGCAUCUUUUCGUUCUUGUAGUGCAACCACUCAUUCUUCAAGUGAGUGAUUUACUAUCUCAAAAGCGAUACCUCAUUCGCGAAAACGCCGAGUUUGCUCAAGCUCAUGAACAGAUGGAAUGUAUUGGCCAAGUGUUGAAGGAGAUGAUUCCAGCUGCAACUCAGAAUGAGGAGAAAACUAAAGAACGACAACGCCAACGAACGUUUCGACGUGUGGUGGUUGCUGUGUUUGCCAUGAAUCGGUUCCAGCAAUUCGCCUCUAAUACUUCAGAUGAGGAUCAUCAGAGUGCGUACGGGCUCUCUGCACCGCUCAAGAUGGUGAAAUCGAGAAAAAGAACUAGUUCACUGUCAUCCCAAUCUACAAUUAUCAAGGUGUUAUCUCCACAGCAGACAUUGUCGAAACUCUCUCUUCGUCCGCUGUUGGAGCGACUCAAAAAGAUGGAAAUCGCGGACAAAAUUGCACAAGUUAUGGAGUCAAACACAACAGUAUCAGGGCAUUUACCAGCUUUUCUCGGUAAUUUGAUUUUAAAAGUGGUAAUGACUAUCAAUCCUACGUCGAAGGAGCUUUUAGUGGCCAACACCAACGGAACCUUCCACUGUCAGGCUUUACUAGAGCGUCGGCGACGAUCAGCCAAGAAACGAAUUGACCAGCGCGAUGAUAUGCUGGCAGAAUAUGACACUUCUCCAUCUUUUGAAGAAGAUCUUCCGACUGUGGUGUUGAUUCGGAAACGUAUUCUAGCUCUCGGUAAGCGAGUAGAAGACCUGCACUAUCAGCGGAAUUCAUUGCAGAAAGAGAACUACGAGUUCCAGUUCCAACUGGAUCAACAGGCCAAUAGCUUGAAAGACAUGGAAGGUUUACUGAAGAAAACACAAGAUCUGCAAGACGAGAUGGCGGCUCUGCGUACCCAAACAGACCAAGAGCUGCAACGAGCUCAUCAAGAACACGAAGCGAAGGGCCAGGAAAUGCAAUCGAAGGAAGGCGAGUUGAUCGAAGCUCAGAUGACGAUUGAAUCAUUGCAAACCGAUGUUUCAGACGCUGAAAGUCGGAUUGAAAGGGUGGAAGCGGAAAAGGUCUCGUUGCAGCGUGAGCUUGACCAGUUAAAGAGUAGUUCCAUUGAAGAGGAAGAGAAAGCGGAUAAAUCGAAAUCCGCAGCACGUCGCCAAGAAGAGGAAGUCCGAAGCCUCAAACAGGCGGUCAAGAAGGCACACGAUCUUUAUCAGAAGGUUAGCUGGCAACUGGAGCAGGAGGUUCAGGACAAAGCGGCAUUGCAAACAAUGGUGAACCAUUUACGUCAACAACAGGAGAAGACGGAGCGAGAGCUCCGCGAAGAGAAGUUACGAGAGCUGGAAAAGAGUUUUAAUGACAGUGAGAGUGACGGGGGCGACGUGGAGGAUUCAUACAAUAAGGCAAGAGUGUUACGGAAAUCGUGUGAAGCUAAGACGCGUGGUGCCAGUUGUUCAAGUCCGACUACGAAAUCCAGAAGAAAGACCUCUUUCGCUCCAACGAUUGACAUCAAUGGUCUGAAUUGUGCGUCUCGGCGUCGAAAGUGUGAGAACAGUGUGUCCAAUGUUUCUCGUCAAAAUGAAUGCGAUAGUCCGUCGUCGUCGUCGUCAGUGUCACCUUUACCUGCACGAGUCCACUCGAAAAACUCUCGUAGUUUGGAGGAAGAAGAUAACUUUAUGAAUGAGUGGCAACAACUUAGUGUAUCAAGGGCGCUAGUGGACACUACACAUUGUGGAGUUCAUAGCGAUGCUAGUGAUUUGUGUAAGGUUUCUCCUGCUAAGUUUUCUGGGUCCCCUAAAACUGUGUCGUGGGAGAAAACCACAACCGACAAGAGGAGACGACGAAAGGAGAUUGACAAAGUGAAUGCUGCUGUUCAUGAUUACAUGGACCGAAUUGACGACAAGUUGAGCAAGAUGUAUGGCAUCCCGCCUUCAUCCGCGAUUCAGCGCUCAGCAAUUCAUCACAACACUAAUGUGUCGAAAUAUCUGGACAACCCACGUUUUUCACACGAUAAAUCGCGUGACAGCGAAUUGGAGUGGGAAACGGGGACCGCUGGCCUUAAGACUGACGAAGUUCGUGCCCAGCAAUAUCAUUCAGACAUGAGAUUUAACGAUGACUAACGUUAAGUGAUCAAAGCACUUGGUUCACUGUGUGAAUUCUCUGCAUCGUAUAGAAUAAGAAUGUACUACGAAGUACCAAGCUACAAGAAGGGUGACAAUCAGAAGAAAACAACAAUGAAACACAGAAUUCCAUGCAAUACGAACACGUAUAAACAUGUAUUUGCCUCCUC